AUGGAAAACUUCACCAUCAACCUCUCCGACCUCCACGUCCCCUCCCUCGCGGAGUUCCCGCACCUGCCGCCCGCCGACGACUCCCCGGCGCAGAAGCGCCUCUACUGGUUCUUCCGCGGCCUCGAGGAGAUGGCGAGCAAGCUGUACGAGCGCAUCGAGAUGUACCAGCACCUCGAGGAGACGCUGGACGAGGAGGAGGAGGCGGAGAUCGAGGAGCUGCAGAAGGGGGUUCUGGUGGUGUUGGCUGCGGUCAACUGGGCGGGCAGGCUGUACGGUGGGGAGGAGUAUGAGGAUGCGGUUUGA